AUGGCUGGUUAUAGUAGUAAUGAUGAGGAACCUCCAAAGGAAGAAAAGAAAAUCACUAGAUUAGAAGAUAUGCAAAGCCCAUUUGAUUAUAAAAGAUUUUUUCGUAAGUACACAAUCUUUGCUCCCUUUAUUCUUGUGUACUUUACUAUCAUGUUUUUUAUUAAUUCGACUGUGCAAAAUGGUACAAUGUUAUUAAAUGCUAUAAAGGAGAAUGCCAACUCGAAACUUCCUGCUUUAUUAUGGAACAAAAUAAAAGGAAAAGGAAAGGAAAAUGAAGUAAAAUAUGAAGAUAAGAAAAUGAUAGAAGGUAGAAAAUCUGUAAGUGGAGAAGAAUACAAUAAACAUAAAAGAAGAAAAGUAGACAAUCAAGAAGAUGAUUAUGAUGUUGAUGAAUAUGGACAUCCAAAAUACGGUGCCCCAUAUAAGAGUGAAGAAGAACUUGCAGAACAACAAAAUUAUUAUGAUGAAAAUCAUGGAGAUGAAUAUUAUGAAGGUGAUGAUUAUGAAUACAAUAAUAACCCAUAUCAUGGAAAAGGUAAAAAUGAAUAUCAAGAAAAGGAUCCAAAUGAAGAAGAAAGAGAAAAACAAGCAAAAAAAAAAGCGGAAGAAUUAGAAAAAAGAAAACAACUACAUGAAGAAGAAAGAAGAAAAGCCAAAGAAACACAACAAGCCUUACAUAAAAAAUUACAAGAACAAUUACAAAGAUUAAAAGAACAAGAAAAAAAUAAAGUUGAACACCAAAAGUUAAUACACAAAAUUAAAGCACAAGGUUUUGUAGAUCCAGUAGUUCAAAGAGUACUUAACAAAUAUCAUCAAAAAGAAAAAGAUGAAGAGCAACAAAUACUUAGAAUAAGAGACUUACAAGUACAAUUACGUCAUAUUCAACAAAAAAUACAAAGUCUCAAAUAUAGUAAUAACGGUCAACCAAAAACAAAAGAUGAUUAUUUACUAUUAAAAGAUUUACAAAAAGAAUAUUAUGAUAAAGAACAGGAUGAACAAAAUAUGAUAGAACACUUAGAACAAUUACAAGGAGAAAUGCAAUACGUAUUUGAAGAAUUACAAAUCGUCUAUAAUGAAAAUCAAGCAAAAACAGCUCAAGCAAACGAUGAACAACAUGAAUUAAAACCACAACAUGAAAAAGAUGCAUUGAAAUUAAAAGGAACAAGUGAAGCAACAACGGAAGUAAAAACACAAGAUGAAAAAGAUGCAUCAAAAGUAACAACAACAAAUGAUCAAACGAAGGAAGUAAAACCACAAGUGGAAAAAGAUGCAUUAAAAACAACCAACACAAAUGAUCAAACGAAGGAAGUAAAACCACAAGUGGAAAAAGAUGCAUCAAAAGUAACAACAACAAAUGACCAAACACAAGAAGUAAAACCACAAGCUGAAAAAGAUGCAUCAAAACUAACAACAACAAAUGAACAAUCAAAGGAAUUAAAAACUCAAGCUGAAAAAGACGCAUUAACAAAAAAAGAAAAUCAAAAUAAUGAAUUACUUACUCAAACAGAAAAAGAUGCAUUAAAAACAACCAACACAAAUGAACACACACAAGAAGUAAAACCACAAGCUGAAAAAGAUGCAUCAAAACUAACAACAACAAAUGAACAAUCAAAGGAAUUAAAAACUCAAGCUGAAAAAGACGCAUUAACAAAAAAAGAAAAUCAAAAUAGUGAAUUACUUACUCAAACUGAAAAAGAUGCAUUAUCAAAAAAAGAAUCUGAAGCUCCAAAAGGUUUAUCAACAUCAGAUAAAAACACAACAGAAAACCAAUUAAAUGGAGAAGCUCAAUCAGAAGUUAAACCACAAUGGCAAAAAGACUCUUGGAAAUCAAAAAAUGAAUCACAAACAGAAACGAAUAAUACAUGGAAAAAAAAACCAGAAGAAGCACAAAAUACAGAACCUCAACAGGAAGUAAAAUCUCCAUAUGAAAAAUAUUCAUAUAAUAAAGAAUCUAAACCACAAAAUGAUAAAUACACUUUAAACAAAGAAGUAAAACCACAAAAUGAAAAAUAUUCAUAUAACCAAAAAGUAAAAGCUGAAAAUACUGAACCAGAAAAAUCAUUAUUAGAAAGUUCUGUAUUUAGUUAA